AUGGUAGGGGACGAGGGGGUGAGCGGCUUUCGCGGCGUGAGUGGUAUAAACCGCGUGAAUGCCGCGCGCCGUGGCGGUAAUAACGAAGAUGAAGAGGAGGAAGAGGAGAGAAAAAGAAGGAGCCUCUCCCCCCACACCAAAGAUGACACCACCCAUUCGGAGGAAGAUAAGCAAGACGAGGGAGGACCGUCUGCUGCCGUCUCGACCUCAAAACGGACCAUUCAACUCUCCAUUCGAGGGAUCAAAGUGGACAAGUUGAACUUGAGGUCGUUUAGACGCAAGAGGGAGGAACAAAAAAAAAAGCACGAUGGAGAAGAUGGCAGAGAGGAUGGAGAUGGCGCAGAUGGCGAAGAUAUACUCGCCGCCAGCAGCUCCACCUGCACGGAGCUCUUGGAUGGCCGCUUAUUAUUAAGUGGAUACGAAUUCGCAUCAGAUUGUGAAAAUUUGAAAAAAAAAAAAAUCACCCACAUAGUUAAUGUAGGAGGGGAAGAAUGCCCGAACAAAUUUGAAGACACAUUCUCAUACAAAACAUAUUACGUUAAGGACGACUUGCAAGAAGACAUGCUUUACACUCUUCUAGAUGCAACUCACUUUAUAAAAAUAACGCUAAGCAGUGAUGAAGGAAAUAUAAUUCUUGUGCACUGCAAUAAGGGUAUUUCCAGGUCCGUCAUCGUAGUUGUAUUUUUUCUCAUGACCCAUCUGGAGUUAUCUUUUGGCGAUGCGUUUGACUUGGUGAAGAGACGGCGCCCUCUGUCCAACCCUAACUUGAGCUUCGUCUCGCAGGUGCUGCGCCUGUUUGGCUUGCGCAAGCGUCUGAGAAGUGGCGCCAAGGACAGGGCAGAUCUGAUGCACGCCACCACGACAGUAGCUCACCCCCCUGGGGAAGCAACGCUCAUUUUUCGAAUCGAUGGAGCAGGUAAGGCACUCACGCUGACCAACCUGAUGAGUCUCUCCUCAGACGAGGACGCCUGCACCAAAUCUAACAACCCACGUACGAAGCUCACACAGAUAGAUCAGCGAUUUAACUACGUGUUGACAAAGGACUUUCGCGAAUUCUACUUGUUGCUGCUUGACCCUAUCUUCGAAGAUGUGUGCACACCCCUCCUUGAGCGCUUUGCGCAGAUAUGCGGAGCCUUUUUUCAUGGUGGCCGUGCCGACUCGACCCAAACUAUUGUUCGCUCCGACGUCGCCCACCUCAUGCAGCAACUUCAAUUGGACAUACAACUGUUUAGCUGCCUUCCCUCCAACGACGGGACGUACCUAAAGCUGCAACACGCGUUGCAAGACGCGCGGCAGGGGGGGAAGACCACUCGAUGA